AUGAGUCGUUUUUGGACUUUGCUUGCUCAUAUUCAUGCAGUUUCUGGGCCAUCCAUUAUGUUGCUCUACCCACUAUACGCAUCGGUGGUGGCUAUAGAGAGCACGUCAAAACUAGACGAUGAGCAAUGGCUUGCUUAUUGGAUUUUAUAUUCCUUUCUUACUCUUAUGGAGAUGCUGCUCCAACCCAUCUUAGAAUGGAUACCAAUAUGGUACGAUGUGAAGCUAGCCUUCGUGGCAUGGUUGGUCCUGCCACAAUUCAGAGGAGCUGCUUUUAUAUACGAAAAGUUCGUUAGAGAAAAAUUAAUCAAGAAAUAUGGUGGAGCACAUUUCCACAAGUCACCUAAUGGCAAGGACAAAGACUAA